GAGAGAGAGAGAGAAAUGAAAGAACAGGGAGAUUCCUUUCUUCCCCGACGAUCCUGUCGCUGAAAGGUUUUAAAUCGGAGCGGAUUCCGAGUCCUCGAUCGGAAGCUUUCGAUCCCCACCCCCUUCACCUCUUUGAUUCCGCCGCCGAUCUCCGCGUCGAUCUACGGCAAGGCCAGCGGCCGAUCCGACGGCGGAGCCACGGAUGGAGUAGCGGGAGCCCCCGUGGGGGGAAAACCCUAAUCCGGCCUUACUCGCUCUUUCUCGAGACUUCCUUUCCUCCUCUUUUUGUCCCGCGCCGGGGCGGGGGGCGGGCGUGCGUGAGUGCGUUCGUUCGGAGAUGGCGGAUCAGGAGGAGGAGGACCUGAAGAUGGCGCUGCGCCUCAGCAUGCAGCCCUCGCCGCCGGAGCCCAAGCGGAGCAAGCCGAGGGAUGCCGCCGCCGGGGGCGGCGCUGCGGCGGCGGCGGCGGUGGCGGCGUCCUCGUCGUCGUCGCCGGAGGACGGGCGCCGGAUGCAGAGGGAGCUCAUGGCUGCUGCGGCCGAGAAGAGGAUGCUGGCCUCCAGGGGCGCCGGGGGGGCGCCGUUGCCUGCUCCAUCUCCGUCGCCUGCUCAGUCUCAGUCGCCGGCGCCGUUGUUGGCACCGAAUAAUGAGAAGUCUAAGCCUCUCCCGCAAAGGGAGGGGGGAGCCGGAGUGGAUGAUGGGCGAACUGGGAGAGGGCUGUCGAGUGAAGAAGCAUGUCAGUUGUUCUCUAUGGUUUUCGGAAGCGAUGUUUCGAAAGGAAUUCUCGCGCAAUGGAGUAAUCAAGGGAUAAGGUUCAGCCCUGAUCCAGAAACAUCUAUGGGCUUAGUGCAGCAUGAAGGUGGGCCCUGCGGUGUCUUAGCAGCUGUACAAGCUUUUGUUCUCAAGUAUCUUCUUUUCUUUCCGGACGAUUUCCGUAAAGGUGCAUCGACUAUUUCACCAUUCCAUGGUACAAAAGCAUCAUCUCGAAGACAAUUUCAAGAUUCAGAUAAUUUUGCCUCACUUACAGACAAUGAAAAAUUAAGGGCAUUGAUAAGAAGUAUGAGUGAGAUUUUAUUUCACUGUGGAAGUAAUGAAAGGGCAGUUAUUGCCACUCUAAGUGUUACUGGUAAAGAACUUGAGGGGGCUGCAGAUGGUUCAAAGGAUGAGAGUAUUAUCAAAGCUCUGGAGGGACUUUCGAUAGAAUCAGCUUCUGAUUUGCAGAGUAUUCUAAGAGUUGAGAUUUAUAGUGUGCAAGCUACUGUUUUUCAGAGGCUUGAAGCAACACUUCCUGUUUUUCAAAGUCGAAUGGGGGCACUGCUAUUUCUUAUCUCUGCGUUACUUUCUCGGGGACUGGAUGCUGUUCAAGCUGACAGAGACGAUCCCAGUCUUCCUCUGGUAACUGCACCAUUUGGCCAUGCGUCGCAGGAAAUUGUGAACCUGCUCCUCUGUGGGCAGGCUGUGCCCAACGUUUUUGAUGGGAGGAUGGAUCUAGGUGGUGGUAUGUUCCUAAAGGGCGUAUCAACAUGCGUGGAAGUUGGGUUUCUGACUCUGUUAGAAUCACUUAACUUUUGCAAGGUUGGGCAGCAUUUGAAGUGCCCAAACUGGCCUAUAUGGGUUGUUGGAAGUGAGUCCCAUUACACAGUCCUAUUUGCUCUUGAUACAGUUGUUCAGGAAGAGAAUGAACUAGAAGAAAGGGAAUCGCAGAUUCGGAGGGCUUUUGAUGCACAAGAUCAAAGUGGAGGGGGUGGUUUUAUUGGUGUGGAAGGAUUCCAUCAAGUAUUAAGGGAAACUGACAUCAGGCUUACUUCUGAAAAAGUUGAUCAACUUUGCAGCUCGGGCUUUAUUGUGUGGAGUGAAUUUUGGCAGGCCAUAUUAGAUCUAGACAGCAGUAUGGGAGGUCUAAAGGACUCCUCAGGAUUGAUGGGCAAAAAGGUGUUUGAUCUUUACCAUUUCAAUGGAAUUGCAAAGUCAGAUUUGAAUGGCCAAGCAAACUCAGGAAAUGAGGCUCCAGUUCAAAGGCCUAGACUUACUAAAUUGAGAGUUUCUGUCCCGCCACGAUGGACCCCUGAAGAAUUCAUGGCAGCAGCGCCCUCUAGCUCAGGUGGGGAUCAGUCAAACGCAAAGGAUGCUGAAGUGGCUAAACAAGAGCCUCCUCAGCAUGCACCCCUUGUGGACUGCAUACGCACUCGGUGGCCUCGUGCUGUUUGUAACUGGGUUGGGGAUCCUCCCAGUAUCGUGUGAAGGUCAAUUAAGCAUUCAAUUUGGCUUGACAUGGCUCGUGUGCUUCAUAGGAACUAAAAAGCGGUGGGAUGGCAUUUGAAAUGCGUGUAAGAUUGUGCCGACGCAGUGAUUGACAAGCGGAGGGUAAUCGUUUGGGCAUGUUAAAAUCGGGACGUUUAAUACUUUCUUUUUUGGUCUCAAGUAUAUCCAUUCCCUUCCUUUACUGUGUGUACUGAUGUAUCUCUCUAAUUCCGAUUGUUUCUUAUCAAAGGGAAAGCCAGGACAUAUUGAUUCUUAUGGGACGAAUCUCUAUGUACCAUUAAUUUUUAUGUAGCUUGGUGGAUAACUAGCCAAUUUUUCGGCCUCUUGGGGAACUGUUAAUAAGGAACAUUAGAUCUAGUCUGCCGGAUUGUUUUUA